UUUAUUGCAAUGAUUGGGAAAGUGCUGAAAAAGAUAAUAAGAAACAAAAUAGAACAAAGAUAAGAAGAGUAUAGUUGAUCUGGAUAGAAAAACUGGAGUUUAUUCCAGUUGGAGACACACGGCGAUUAUAUAAAUUCAGGCGUAUAUCCCGAUCACUUUAAAAAGAAUCUACCAACUACCAACGCGAAUUAUCAAGUAUAAAAACCAUACAUACGUAUGGGAAAAAGAGGAUUAGAACGUCGAACUACAUAAAUAUUAAUUAUGUAAAAAAUUUAAGCAAUUCUGCCUGCUGCACGGUCUUUGCUAUUUAUGUUUAUCUAAUUCAUCUGUUACAACGUGAAUCUUGGAGGAUCUCAGAAAGAGAAUAACUUGCUCGACAUAAACCGUAUACUUUAUAAUUCCUUAAUUUCCGACGGAACGCGAGUCUUCGGGGCUCACGCUUCCGCGACAAAUCUGUUUCUAAAUUUUAUUUACGUAUACAACAGGCGCCGUGUAAACCUACGCACGUGGACACUAUUUGCGUUUCCCGUCUACGUUAUCGAUCGUUCGUACAUACGAGAUCCGAGAUCCGACGAGGACGACGACUCGAGGUGUCAACCGGCUUUCCGCUGAGUUUCCGACAGGCGAACGACUGGCAAUUGGCAAAUGUACGUGACGCGAUCCUCUGCUCUCGUGACCGUGUUGAUGCUGCUUUGCAUAGCGAGGAGUAUCCGCGCCCAGGUUUAUCAGAACAUGUCGAGUUUCGCCGGGAUGCAUUCCGUGGCGUACGUCACGGUGCCGGACGACGCGGUUGCGAAGAGAUUAGCACGUGGUCUGGUCGAGAACAAGCUCGCCGCCUGCGUCAACAUCAUCCCGCAACUUACCUCCAUAUACGAAUGGGAAGGGAAGAUACAGGAGGAACCUGAACUUCUGCUGAUGAUAAAAACCAGGACGGAAAGAGUAGAUGCUCUAACGAAAUAUGUCAAAGAGAAUCAUCCGUACACGGUUUGCGAAGUGAUUUCCCUGCCUAUACAAAACGGAAACGACGAUUACCUAAAGUGGAUCAGCGAGGUGGUGCCACCGCUUGAUAAAAGCGCUUAAAAUAAUUAAGAUACAUGAGUAAGAUUCUCUCAACGAUUCGUCGGAAAAAUCAUUUUACUUCGCUUAUAUCCUUAUGAAGCUAUCUUACGUUAGAAUAAAAAAGCUAUGAUUACUUGUAAGUAUACAAUUAGACACAAUCUCUGUAAAGUGUGAGGUUUGCAUUGAAAGUUCAAAUUCUUCACUUAAUUAUUGAAACACACUAAGGCAUGCCAAGUGAUAUCGAUCAAUCAGUCUUACAGUGUUAUUCGCACGUAUAUUUAUAUUCUUAAACUCACAUUUGUUUAUGCAAUAAAACGUAAAGGUUUAAUUUUCAA